ACUUUUAAUUAAUUACACACAAUGUCUGACGUUAAGACCGAAUCCUACGAAUUUCAAGCUGAGAUCACUCAGUUGAUGUCCUUGAUCAUCAACACCGUGUACUCUAACAAGGAAAUUUUCCUCCGUGAGUUGAUCUCCAACGCCUCUGAUGCCAUCGACAAGAUUAGAUACGAGGCCCUUGCCGACCCGGCCAAGAUGGAGUCCGAACCUGAAUUGUUCAUCAGAAUCACCCCUAAGCCAGAGGAAAAGGUUUUGGAAAUCAGAGAUACCGGUAUCGGUAUGACCAAGUCAGACUUGGUCAACAACUUGGGGACUAUCGCCAAGUCUGGUACCAAGGCCUUCAUGGAGGCCUUGUCCGCUGGUGCCGACGUGUCCAUGAUUGGUCAGUUCGGUGUUGGUUUCUACUCCCUUUUUUUGGUUGCCGACCACGUCCAGGUCAUCUCCAAGCACAACGACGACGAACAGUACAUCUGGGAGUCCAACGCCGGUGGUAAGUUCACCGUCACUCUCGACGAAACCAACGAGAAGAUUGGCCGUGGUACCGUCUUGCGUUUGUUCUUGAAGGAAGACCAGUUGGAAUACCUUGAGGAAAAGAGAAUCAAGGAGGUUGUCAAGCGUCACUCCGAGUUCGUUGCCUACCCAAUCCAGUUGGUUGUGACCAAGGAUGUUGAAAAGGAGGUUGACGUCGAGGAGGAGGCCUCCGACGAUAAGGCUCCAAAGUUGGAGGAAGUCGACGAUGAGACCGAUGCCAAGAAGACCAAGACCGUCACCGAGCAGGUCACCGAAACCGAAGAGUUGAACAAGACCAAGCCUUUAUGGACCAGAAACCCAUCUGAGGUCACCCCAGAUGAGUACAAUGCUUUCUACAAGUCCAUUUCUAACGACUGGGAAGACCCAUUGGCCGUCAAGCACUUCUCCGUCGAAGGUCAGUUGGAAUUCAAGGCCAUUCUUUUCGUUCCAAAGAGAGCUCCAUUCGACUUGUUUGAGUCCAAGAAGAAGAAGCAGAACAUCAAGUUGUACGUUAGAAGAGUUUUCAUCACCGACGAAGCUGAGGACUUGAUCCCAGAAUGGUUGUCUUUUGUCAGAGGUGUCGUCGACUCCGAGGACUUGCCGUUGAAUUUGUCCCGUGAGUUGUUGCAACAGAACAAGAUCUUGAAGGUCAUCAAGAAGAACAUUGUCAAGAAGUUGAUUGAGACCUUUAACGAGAUUGCCGAAGACCAGGAGCAGUUUGAAAAGUUCUACACCGCUUUCGGCAAGAACUUGAAGCUCGGUGUUCACGAGGACCAGCAGAACAGAGCCGCGUUGGCCAAGUUGUUGAGAUACAACUCCACCAAGUCUGCUGAGGAACUCACCUCCUUGACCGACUACGUCACCAGAAUGCCAGAGCACCAGAAGAACAUCUACUACAUCACCGGUGAGUCCUUGAAGGCUGUUGAAAAGUCGCCAUUCUUGGACGCUUUGAAGGCCAAGAACUUUGAGGUUCUCUUCAUGGUUGACCCAAUUGACGAGUACGCCAUGACCCAGUUAAAGGAGUUUGAAGACAAGAAGUUGGUCGACAUCACCAAGGACUUUGAAUUGGAAGAAACCGAAGAAGAAAAGACUGAGAGAGAGUUGGAAAUCGCUGAAUUCGAACCAUUGACCAAGGCCUUGAAGGAGAUCUUGGGUGAGCAGGUCGAAAAGGUUGUUGUCUCUCACAAGUUGGUCGACGCCCCAGCCGCCAUCAGAACCGGCCAGUUUGGUUGGUCCGCCAACAUGGAGAGAAUCAUGAAGGCCCAGGCCUUGAGAGACACCUCCAUGUCCUCUUACAUGUCUUCCAAGAAGACUUUCGAAAUCUCUCCAAAGUCCUCUAUCAUCAAGGAGUUGAGAAAGAAGGUCGAAACCGACGGUGCCGAAGACAGAACCGUCAAGGACUUGACCAACUUGUUGUACGAGACCGCCUUGUUGACCUCCGGUUUCACCUUGGACGAGCCAAACUCCUUCGCUGCCAGAAUUAACAGAUUGAUCUCUCUUGGGUUAAACAUUGACGAGGAAGAGGUUGAGGAAGCUGCCAACGUCGAGGAGGUUACCGAAGACGCCGUUGCCGAAUCUGCCAUGGAAGAAGUUGAUUAAGCGGCUUGCCCCUCUAAUU